AUGAUAAAACGUAUCUCAAGUACUAUUUUUUUAUCACGUCAAAGAUUUGUAUUAGAAGCUACAUUGCUUCAAAGUCAACUUCGAGAUCAAUUCAACUUUGAGCAUAGUCAACUUCGAGAUCAACUCAACUUUGAGCAUAAACAAGAGAUUCUUGAUAUUCUUAAUCAACACAAACAAGAGAUUCUCAAGGUUCAAGAUCAACUUCAAGUUCGACACAAGCAAGAAAUUAUCUUAAUGAAGGAAAAAUUGCAGUCCUUGCAAAAUGAAAAACGAGAUUAUAUCAUUCUUUAUUUGAAAAUUCGUGGAAAUUUCAAUAUACGCGGCGUUUUAGAAUGGAUAAGAGAACAAAUAUCAAGAGGUAAUUUUGGAGAUUAUGAACUCUUGUUUCUGACUCCAACUGCAUCACCACUGACUAAAUCAUCAACUAAGCCACUGAGUGAAUCACCAACUAAAGAAUCAACUGAACCACCUAAAAAAUUUUCAGCAACUCCCGACAGUAACUUAACCAAAUUGAUUAAUAAUCAUGAAUUUGUAUAUUACUUGAAAAAUAUCUGUGAUAUCAACAAGACGAAGGAAGAUGACGUGAAAAAGUGUAUUUCUUUUUUAUAUCAUCAAGUAUCCAAGUAUGCACAUGGAUAUAACACAGACGAGGUUACUAUUGAUGAAAGAUUUUUUGCCCCUUAUGAAGUGCUUGCACUUGGAUAUAUUUUUAAGAUUUAUAAUAUCCGUUAUUUAUAUUACGAUAAAUAUGGUAAACCAGCUGAUUUUCCAUUUGAAAUUUAA